GAUUUCUGUUAUCAAUUGAAAACUGAUUCGGUAAUUCAGGAUUCUCAUUCACUAUUCACUAUUAUUUUAUAUUGCAAAUUUUGUUUUAUGCUUUUUGAUAUUUGUUCUAAUUUCUUGAAUUCUAGAUAAAGUUUACGGUAUAGUUUUUGUAUAACUAAUGACAAUCUACUUCAAUCUUACGUUAUGCUAAUUUCGUACAAAUCACUAUAUUAUUAGAAUGAGUAAAACUUUGAUUUAUUUACGAAACUAAGUUUUUAUGAAAAUAUAUAAUUCUGAUUAAAAAAAAAUACAUUGAAGUAUUUUGAAUAUCAUAAAAACAACUAACACACAAUUGCAGUCUGCAUAAAUUCAAUUAUGGAUAAUAUUAAAAACCUUAUCGAAUCAUCUCGAGUUCCGAUAGUUUUUAAUGAUAUGUUAGAUGAUUGGGAACUGUUUAAAUGGAAUUUGGACAAAUGGAACAGUAUAUUUGAACACCAGUCAUUAAACUGCAGAAAAGGAAGAAUUACGUGUACUAAAGAACCUUUAUGGGAAAGUAAGUGUUUGUAUGAAAGUCAUUCGUUUAGCGAAGUUAUAAACAUGUCAAAAGAUAUUGAAAACAGUGGAAAUUGGUUAUAUUUUGAUUAUAAGCACAUUGGAAAAACAGUUAAUGAAAACAUAUUCAAAUCCAUAUCAUGGAAAAAAUUUGGUUAUGAAAAUUUAGGUCCAAAAGAUUCAACUUUGUGGAUUGGAAGUAUUGGUGCACAUACACCAUGUCAUCAAGAUUUGUAUGGUAUUAAUUUAGUGGCUCAAGUUCAUGGAAAAAAACGUUGGAUUCUUAUGCCACCUGAAAUGGGAAAAUAUUUGAAGCCUUCUAGAGUGCCUUAUGAAGAGUCAAGCUGUUAUAGUAAAAUUAACUUUUCAUGUCCAGACAAUAUUAAGGAUAUUGAUGAUGCUUGUAGAUGUGUGACAGUUGUUUUAUCACCAGGAGAUGUUCUAAUCGUUCCACAUAAAUGGUGGCAUUAUGUUGAAAACUUAACAACUGCUGUUAGUAUUAAUACUUGGAUUCAGACUCCUAAAUAUGACAACAUGGCUCGGUUAAAGGAGUCUGUGGUUCGUUUUAUGGCAAGCAGUUUAUGUUCUGGUGUGUCUAAGAAUAUUCAAUCAAGAUUACUAAAUCCGAAUGAAAUAUUUUCACCGUCCAUGAUUGCAGAAUCAAUUAAUUUUAUCGACCAAAGCAUUAAAAUGAUAAAAAAUGAAGAAAAUAUAACAGAUUCAAAAGAACCAGAUUCAACUACGCUCAUAAAAUACCAGUAUAAAGUAUAUGAACCAGAUCAAUGUUUGUCUAAGAUGUAUGAAUGAUGGUCCUAUACAUUGUAAUGGUUGCAGUGUGAAUCACAUGUUACAGAAAACAAUUUGAAAAAUACUCAAACAAGGCAGGUAUGCGCAUGUACAACGAUGUAUAGGUAUUGUAGGUAUUCGCAAAGCAACACUGAGCAAAAU